CAAGAGAUUUAUCAGUUUUUAAUUUAAGUAUCAUUUGCAGGUUAAUUCCUGUUUAGUUUCCAUUGGUUCCAAGUCUUCUGAAAGCAGUAGUUACAAAGAGUGACAUGUUCUUAAUUUCUUCAUUUGGGAGUCAUUUUGAUUAUUUUGUUUUACUGUUUGCCUUUGCAUAUCCGAACAUUACCCAGUUAUUUUGUGAGUUCCUACACCUGAUGGUUUGUGUCCUAAUUCAAGUGGCCCAUGAAAAUGAAGAGUACAGGGCGUUACAAACAGGAUUGUCAAAAUGAGCAUUGUCCUGAUUUGAUUAGUUGUAGCCUGGGGGUUCAGAAUCGAUACAGAUGAAGGACAUUCAGUCCUCUUUGUGGUGGCAGUUAAAUGUGACAGACUCCCCAGACAGUAUCAAUUCAAUCCCCCCAUCUAGAUUUUAAGAAGAAGGGCAGCUGAUGGAACAUUCUUUGGGAUGGCAAGACCUAUUGAUGGCACAAUGUGACUUGCCUCAGGGCAAAUCUGAAGAUGAUGAGCACUCUGUGCAUUUCCAUGCAGAGGAUCCCAGCUACAAUGAGGUAUUUCAACCUCAAAGUGACCACAGUGCCAGGAGGGCAAGUUUCACACAGUGCCAUGUGGAUCAGAAGCAGCUUACACAUUUUCUGAAGGAAGACUCAGAUGAUUCUGAAGUAGAAUGGAUAAUGAAAGAGACUACCAGUGAGAAAUAUCCUUUACGUACCUGCCAGGAGAAUUCUGCAGCAAGUGUAAUGGACCAUGAAAAACUAGUCAGCAUAACGGCACUGGGAAUACCAGACCGCAUGAGUCCAGUGGAAACAUCGAAUGUAGAGAAAGAGCAGCAUUGGAAGCAGACACUCAAAGGGCAGCAGGGUGAUAGUCUUCUUGUGGCUAUCGAGUCAAUGUCAGUUAACAGCGUGCCCAGGGCAAGGAGUCCAUGGGGAAAACUGGACCCCUACGAUUCAUCUGAGGACCAGGAUAAAGAGUAUGUUGGCUUUGCAACAUUACCCAACCAGGUUCAUCGCAAGUCAGUAAAGAAAGGGUUUGAUUUCACACUACUGGUGGCAGGGGAAUCUGGCCUUGGGAAAUCAACCUUGGUUAACAGCCUUUUUCUCACAGACCUGUACAAAGACAGGAAGUUCCUCAAUACAGAAGAGAGGAUCACCCAGACUGUUGAUAUCACCAAACAUUCGGUGGAAAUUGAAGAGAAGGGAGUUCGGCUUCGGCUAACAAUUAUCGACACACCAGGAUUUGGCGAUGCUAUUAAUAACCAAGAAUGUUGGAAGCCAAUUGCUGAUUACAUAGACCAGCAGUUUGAGCAGUAUUUCCGUGAUGAGAGUGGUCUGAACAGGAAAAAUAUUGUGGACAACCGAAUUCACUGCUGCCUUUACUUCAUCUCUCCAUUUGGCCAUGGGUUACGGCCAUUGGAUGUGGAAUUUAUGAAAGCUGUGCAUAACAAGGUGAACAUUGUACCACUCCUUGCUAAAGCAGACACACUGACUCCUGCGGAGGUUUCCAAAAUGAAACCAAAGAUCCGUGAGGAAAUCAAAUUCUACGGGAUCAAGAUCUACCAGUUCCCAGAAUGUGACUCUGAUGAGGAUGAAGAAUUUAAACGACAAGAUCAGGAACUGAAGGACAGCAUCCCAUUCACUGUGAUCGGUAGCAACACUGUGGUUGAAGCCAAAGGAAGGAGAGUUCGGGGCCGACUGUAUCCCUGGGGUAUUGUCGAAGUGGAGAAUCCAGCUCACUGUGACUUUGUGAGGUUACGAAAUAUGUUGAUUCGAACACACAUGCAGGACCUGAAAGAUGUGACACGUGACGUGCACUAUGAAAACUACCGAGCACAAUGCAUCCAGAGUAUGACCAGGAUGGUGGUGAAAGAACGGAACAGGAACAAACUGACAAGGGAGAGUGGCACAGAUUUUCCGAUUCCCCUUAUAUCGGGAUUGACAGAUAACGAGACAGAGAAAAUAAUUCGGGAGAAGGAUGAAGAGUUGCGGCGGAUGCAAGAAAUGUUGCAGAAGAUUAAGCAACAAAUGCAUGGCCAGAAUCCUGAAGGAUUGUAGCACGUGGUGUUUGCCAGUUUCUUCAGGGAUUUAAGAUGUUCACAGUCUUUUGCCCUGCCAAGAGGCAUGGAGACAGGUCCUAGGCCCAAGGCUUUGUGGCUUGGAGCUCAGCCCAUCCAAAUCACUAACUUCAGAAUCCAACAAUCACACCUUUCACUGGAAAUAAAUGCAUCCAUUUUAUUAAUCCCACUAAUUAAAGCACUUAAAAUAGGAAGGCAAACCUAUAAUUUAUAACUGCAAUAAAUAUUAGGUGUUGUCCAUAAUUUGGAAUGAUUUUAGACAUGAUUUAUGAAUCCCAUAAUGCUUUGCUGAGAAUAGAUGGAAUUUUUUUUAUCUCCAGGUAAAUAGCAGUUGUCUAUCUAUCCUGCUGGAUUAAGAGUUUGUAUUCUUAUUACAUUGCUGGGGAUUCCCAGUUGUGCGAACACUAAUUGCCACUAGCCAAGAUAUUUAUGUCAACAUUGGCCCAAGCAUUUUGGCAACACAAGCUUUCUGCCCUCUGUUUUUAAGUUUGUGUAGUCCAGAGGAGCAUUGCUUCUUUAAAGUUCAAGCUCUCACCUUCACAUCUUUUUACAGGGUUUGUGGAUUUCAACAUCAAUGAAAGAUCUGAAACACCAAGAAAACUGCAGGCCAAAUGAGUGUGGAACUGGCCUGGACGUGGAAAUGGGAAAGGCAUGGGGAAUGGAAAGAAACACUGGAAAAUUAGGGAAAACAGGCCAGCAAUAGGAAAAACACUGGAAAUCAGAAAACUGACUCUAAAUGGCUUUGCAACAGUCCCAAGUUUUCAGAGUGAGAUCAAGAGGGACUUAAAGCUUCUAUUGAAAAGAUAGCCAGCCUUCCAAAUAAAUUAUACUGUAAUGGUCAAUUAUUAAUUGCUACCUUGAUGGGUUUUCAAAAGCCAACACAAACUCCUUCAUUAAAAUAGGCAUGGAUGUUCUAGGGUGGAACCAGGUCCUUCAAAAAGACAAACUCCUGCCAUUUCAGUCAAAAACACUGCUUAUUAAGACAAAUAAGCCACAAAAUAAAUCAGGAGGCAAGGCUGACUGAUGGCUCAGUGGAUGAGUGCCAUCACCUGGUGUGAAUCUGAACCCUACAGCCCAUGGAAGAGAUUUAAUCCUUGAUCUCCACUAGGUUUACUGAUCCCAGUCAGGGCAGGGUGAAGGACUCCGCAAUUGUCCUUAAUAUCAUAGAUCUAGGGCAAAGUAAGCCAACAUUUUCCUAUUAUAUGUUUUUUAGCCUCUCUUGCCAGAUGCAGGGUGCUAGUAAGUGAUGUUUCAGGGUCAGCUGCAUUGCUGCAUCCCUCAAUUAGAUGCCCUGCCAGUCCCUAUCAAGAUGGGUUUGGUUUUGGAAAACAACCAAUGCCUAUGUAUUUAGACCAUCAGGGGAAUGAGGAUAGGAAGCUAAUGAUGAAGACAUAAAAUCUCCCAAAUCAAAUCUGCAGUUUCAGAGGAAAUGAUUGUUUGGGACAGACAGUUUCCUGGCCAAGCACUAACCAAGUUUUAGCUUCAUGGGUAGUGCAUUAGAUAGUGCAUUCACCAAUCUAAUGAAACUCAUCCUCUCCAGUAACAACUUGAAUAAAUAUUGCUGUAAAAGAAGUUGCACUGUUCACAUUUAUUCCUUGUUGGACAUGACUAAUGAACUGCUCUCAGCUACUUACACUUAAUCAUCGACUUGUGUUGAGAUGAAUCAUACUUAAGUCUCGCUUACACUUGUAUAAGAGGAAGCUGUACAGUGAUAAUAUGCUUCUUAGUGAAAGCCUCUUCUAUAACAUUGAAGAUCAGGAGUCAGAUCCAUGAUUUUUUUGUGGAAAUCAAACAUUUAAUUGACAAUCUUUUGCAACAGCUUAAACAAUACAAUCAUCACAACCUUAACACUGCAGAGUGUAACUCAGAACUGAGGGUGCUCAAGCCUUCAUUCUCAGAGACCAGGAGCACUCUUUUUUUGCCAAUAAGUUAGUGGCUCAUUUGUCACCUUACCGGUAGAUCAGUGGAACUUUUACUUAUGGCAGUUAGUUACUUAACUACAAUCAUCUAACUUUGAGAUGAUUAUUUCCACUUUGCAAUCACUUUAUCAGGCAGGCUGCGUUCAUUCGUGUGACGCAUAGAUGAAAGAUCGGUCUGCUGUUGAAGUAAACUGACUGGACAGUACUGUACAGUGUGGAUUAAGCUUUCAGUCUUGAAAUAUAAUCAUUAGCAUUUCCAAAUCAUGAGUGCAUCUAAGCCUGUUGUAUCUUCAGAUUAUUAACUGAAGGUGGUGCAUACACCAUCCUCCUUCACAGUUUUGUGCGAUUUAUUUUGUACGUUCUGCCUUUAUAUCUUAAUGCAAGGAUUCAUGGGUCACAACGUCCAAGGGUUCAAGAUUGUAAGCUUAAUGUUGUCCAGCCAGCUUUCAUCAUCUCUAGAGAGAUGUUUCAUCUACCCACAGAGGCGAAGUCACCAUUCUUAGCUCAGUAAAUACAUCAUCUAGUGCAAGUCAUGUUUGGAAAGUACAAGGAAUAUAGAUGCUAAAACUUCUGUUAGAAUAGUGGUUUACAAUACAAUAUAAUUACUGAUGCUGAAAAAUGUUGGGUCUAUCUUAUUGAACUCUAUCUGAAAAACUGACAACCCUACCUUGGACAUCUCUUUUUCCAACUCUACUGCAAUAUGCAGCGGUUCCUAGACUAAUUCCAUCAGAAGUCUGUUCUAGUUGUUGAUCACUGUUUGUACAAACAUCAAUUUCUCAUCCUCAUCCUGAUUUUGCUUUUUAGUAGUUUGAACCUGACCCUUGUCCUGCAUUUUAGAUUUAAUUUAAAGGAAUAGUCUAGAAAUAUAGGAAUAAGCCAUUCAGUCAAUUGAGCUUACCCCACCAUUCAAUAAAAUCAUGGCUGAUCAAUCACUUCAAUGCCUUUUUCCCCCCACACUAUCUCCAUAAGUCUUCAUGCCAUUGGUAAUCAGAAAUCUAUCAAUCUCGAUCUUAAACAUACUCAAAGUUUGGUAGAGAAUUCCAAAGGUUCAUGACCCUUUAAUGAAAACCAUUUGAAAACAUUGGCAUUCUCCUUAUUUUUAAAUUGUGCCUUUGGUUUCAGACUCCUCAGCUACAGAAUGCAUCUUACCUGCAUCUAUCCUGCCCAUCCCUUCAAGUAUUUUGUAAAUUUAAAUUAGAUCAUCUCAUAUUUCAAACGUCUGGAGAGUACAAGUGCAGUUUGUACAAUCUCUCUUCAUAGGAUAGUCCUGCUAUCCCAUGAUGUGGAGGUGCCAGUGCUGGACUGGGGUGAAA